GCGCGAGGGAGCCACUUAGCGCCACCAAGAGUUGAGGAGCCCGGGAGGCGCGCGGCUGGAGGGGCCGAAGUCCGGGCGAUGGCAGCCGGGGGGUGCGCGCCGUCGCGGCUGCAGCUGCUCCCGGGUUUCCUGGUGGGGCUGCUGGCGGGACUGCGGGCCGCGGGCGCUGCGGGCGCGCGUUGGGGCGGGGAGGGCAGCAGCCCGCACCUGCGGAGCAUCUUCCUGGGCCGCUGCGCCGACUACAGCGCGCUGCUGAGCCCUGCGCAGAGGGACAAGAACUGCACAGCUAUCUGGGAAGCCUUUAAGGUGGUGCUGGAUAAGGAUCCCUGUUCCGUGUUCCCCUCGGACUAUGACCUUUUUAUUAAUCUCUCCAGACACACCAUCCCCAGAGACAAGUCCCUUUUCUGGGAAAACAACCACCUCCUUGUUACUAGCUAUGCAGAGAACACCCGUCGCUUAAUGCCUCUGAGCGAUGUGCUGUAUGGCAGGGUUGGAGAUUUCCUGAGCUGGUGUCGAAAGAAAAAUGCCUCCGGACUCGAUUAUGAAUCCUGCCCUACCUCAGAAGAUUGUGAAAACAAUCCUGUGGAUUCUUUCUGGAAAAGGGCAUCUAUGCAGUAUUCACAGGAGAGUUCUGGGGUGAUCCAUGUCAUGCUAAAUGGUUCAGAGCCAACAGGAGCCUAUCCUGUUAAAGGCUUUUUUGCAGAUUUUGAAAUUCCCUACUUCCAGAAGAAUAAAAUCACACGCAUUGAGAUCUGGGUUAUGCAUGAUAUUGGGAAACCCAAAGUGGAAUCUUGCGGAGAAGGCAGUGUGAAAAUCCUGGAAGACAGACUGGAGGAAAUGGGCUUUCGGCACAGCUGUAUAAAUGAUUACCUGCCAGUGAAGCUCUUAAUGUGUGUGGACCACAGCACUCAUCCAGACUGUUCCCUAAAUUCGGCAGCAGCAUCUAUUCAAAGAAAAGUCCCAUCCUUCUGUGCAGAACAAAGUGCCAGUCUUAUCAUUCCUCUCUCACUGGUUUUGGCUUCAGUUGUUCAAAUGUAACUAGAAACUCAGUUGUGCUGCCCUACCCAGCCCUAGCCUUGAACCCUACCCUUGCACACUCAUCCUUCUUGUUCUGUGCACACCAAGUGAUUCCAUUGUCUAAAGAGGCUUCCUGCUGGAAAAACAGUGACCUGAAGUGGGUUUUUAAUGCUAUGCAUGCUCAGGAUUUCAAAGACAAGAUAUUAAUCUAGUCCUAGUUAAAGCUGAUACAUUCAAAUUAAAGCAAGCUAUUAUUUUCCUUUUUUUUAUAAUGGUACAAAGCGUUAAGAUCCAGGUUAUUAUUAUGUAAUGAAUGUUUUUCAGAAAUUCUAAUAGAACUGGGUUUUAUAUUU